AUGGAAUGGGCCCGGUCGCAGGCUCAGUCGGCGCUGAAUUUAUCUUACCAACAACCCCAAUAUGAGAACUUGAGUCAAGGUCUUCUCUUCCCAUGGAAUGUUGAUGAACUCCACGUCGAAACUGAAUCUGGAAUAUGGGAUGAUCAGUUCGAACCAAAUCCCACGCAGGAGCUUACGGCCUGGGAGCUGGCCAACGUCGAUCUGUCCGAGCCAUUUUUAGACUAUGAUUCGAUGCCGCCCAGUUUCAUAUUCAACCAUAAUGAGGUCCCUCAAGAGGAGAUGCAGGCAGAUAUGCCUGACGCAUUGACUUCUGCACGACCUCUGACUGAUUUUCUGCCGUUUGACUUCCCCAGUGCCUCAGACAUCUCUACCCAGCAACCCUCAGACUUCGAACUCGACCCGAUAUGCCAUCAGACGUGGCCCGCCUCCCAGGCUUCCCAGGCGCCACAGACGUGCAGCAGCCUCCAAUCCACCUCAUUCAAAAGCCCCCGGCGGCUGAGUGGUUCCGUUUGGAAGUCCUCCGACAGACAAUCCUCCAGUUGGAACAGCCCCAAGAGCUCGCUCUCCCAAUUUUCCAUCGACCAACAAAUGAUCACCACAUCCAACUACCACCUGACUUCAGCAAACCUGCUUCAAAUCUACCACGACGUACUAGAGCACAACCUCUCGUGUUGGUUGACCGAGAUGACCUGCCCCUACCAACCAGGGUCGCGACAUACCAUGCACGUCAUGCCGGAAUGGGGUUCAUCAUGGUCCAACAGGAUAUACCAGCGCACGAUUAACCUCGACCGCGUCGCACAGUCUUGCAAGCUUCUGCAGCUGUCACGGUCCGAGGACCAGGCCGCGUCCAAGGCCCUCCACCUUGCCAUCAUGGCAUUUGCUACGCAGUGGGCGCAGGGCAGUCAUCGGCACCGCGAGAAAUAUCCCACCGGGACUCUCCACCAUGGCGAGGACGGAAUUUCACAUGGCAUCUUCGACGAGUUCGACCGCAUUCUCCAGCAACACUUUUGGGAUCAGGCGCAGCGCGCACUGCAACAAGUCGCCGCUCUAGAGUCGUACAGAGUGGCUUGUGCCGAGCUGAUCUUCGGCUUGACACAAAGGCCAUGGAAUUCCCACAACCAGUCUCCUGGACAUGCGAUGGGGGCACAAGGCCGCCAGUUCACCACGGACUCGGUCUUGUCACAGGUGCGUGACAUAAUACGCAAGGAAGGGCCACCAAUAUACAUGGAGAGCGCAGCUCGAAAAAUGCACGCACUGAAGUAUCGCUGCGACGCGCUCGAAAAGGGCCUUGGCAAGCAGUGUGACAGUCAAGAGAAGGGCGCUCACGGCAUUGCAGCCAUGAGUUCCGAGGAUCGAGGGACGAUCAGCCUGCUCUACUGGCUGGCCAUUAUGUUUGACACCAUUUCCUCGUCCAUGAACGAACGGCCCGUCGUGGUACUGGAUGAGGACUGCGAACACGAAACGCAAAAAGAGAACCAGGAAGCUGCGAAUAUGAACAACUCUCUUGCACGAAGCCGGUGGGAUCUCGACCUUUUCAUGCAAGGAAGCAUCGACGAGAUGCAUCAAACACACUGGCCCUGCUCAUACGAGACCGCUGCCGAGGACGUCAUCAAGUCAGCGCCGGUUAAAGUUCUACUCUUCCGGCACCUGUCGUAUCUACAAAACGCCGUUCGCAAGAGCGCCCAUGGAGAGCAGAUUGAAGACAUCAUCCACAGCACGACGUCGCUGUAUCAAUACUGGAAUAAGACGCACGGUGCCUUCUUUGACGAACUCGUGCAGAACUACAGUGCGGUUCCGCAGCGCAUACGGGGCUGGUUUGUCUGCAUCUCUGCGCACUGGCACCUCGCUGCCCUGAUGCUUGCGGAUCUACUGGAAUUCGUUGACGAGAAUGCCUUGGGUAUGGAAGAUGCGGCUUGCAGCCGUAUGACCAGCCAAAUAGCUAGGGGAAUUAGAAAGCAUAGUGCCAGGGAGCUAUCAGAUCUAGCAAGAGUCGCUACACCGCCAACCAGAGAUUCCAACCUGGGUGUGCCGCAGAUGCCGGACUUUCAUCACGCUAUCAACGAGGGGACGCUCCUGACCGAGCCAUGGACGAUGAUUCUAAUCAGGGCGUUUACCAAAGCUUGCAUAGUCUUUUUAGGUGGAGCACAUGAGUCCUUGCGCUACGCUGGGUCUAUUAUCGGAUAUAACAGUGGUAAUUUUGAGCGGAAUAUGGGGCAGGCUGAGGAUUGUAUGAAGGGGCUGUGGCUGCUGGGUAAAAAGUCGGAUAUGGCACGGAAGAUUGCUGAGACACUUUCACUUGCGUUGGCAAAAUUGCGGAAUGAGUGUGUUGUAUAG